AUGGCCGACUCGACGAGCGUCAUUGCCAUCCGGAACAUCGCCGCGGGGGAGGAGAUCACCAUCGACUACGCGACGGUCAACAGCGGCUUAAAUACCUCCGAGGGUGACAAUUUUACCUGCCGGUACUGGCCGCAUUUCCCACCCUUUGUCCGGCGUUUGAUCCUGUCACAGGUGACUGCAAGCGGAAAGGAGGGAGGGAGUGAGGGUGGUGGGAAGGAAGGAGUGAUCUACAGCGAAACGAAAGGGAUGAUUCCGUCCAGCAUGUCGAUUGAAGAGCUGAGUUGA